AUGACCCAGUCCAGCCCCCCUGCCGAGGCAGCGGCAGCUAGAACAGAUCACACAGGAACUUGUCCAGAAAUUCAUGCUGAAGUGCAGUUGAAGAAUUAUGGAAAAUUUCUUGAGGAGUAUACAUCUCAGCUGAAGAGAAUUGAAGAUGCAUUGGAUGACUCUGUUGGAGAUGUUUGGGACUUCAGUCUUGAUCCCAUUGCUUUGAAGCUUUUGCCAUAUGAACAGUCCUCCCUACUGGAGCUCAUAAAGACAGAAAACAAGGUUCUAAACAAAGUUAUAACUGUGUAUGCUGCUCUUUGCUGUGAAAUCAAGAAGUUAAAAUAUGAGGCAGAAACUAAAUUUUAUAAUGGCCUCUUGUUUUAUGGAGAAGGAGCCACAGACUCCAGCAUGGUGGAGGGAGAUUGCCAAAUACAGAUGGGAAGAUUUGUUUCCUUCUUGCAGGAGCUGUCUUGCUUUGUUACCCGAUGUUACGAAGUGGUGGUGAAUGUAGUGCAUCAGCUGUCUGUUCUGUAUACCAGCAACAAGAAUGCACCUAAAAUUAUAGAGACAUCUGGAGUUCAUUUUCAGGCAAUGUAUGAGCAUCUAGGAGAGUUGCUCACAAUCUUGAUCACUCUGGAUGAGAUAAUUGACAAUCAUGCCACACUGAAAGAUCACUGGACCAUGUACAAGAGACUGCUAAAAUCUGUCCAUCACAACCCUUCUAAGUUUGGGAUUCAAGAAGAUAAACUAAAGCCAUUUGAAAAACUGCUGUUAAAACUGGAAUGCCAGUUACUUGAUGGAAUGAUAUUUCAGGCCUGUAUAGAGCAACAAUUUGAUUCUUUAAAUGGUGGAGUGUCAGUGUCAAAGAACAGCACAUUUGCUGAAGAAUUUGCUCAUACUCUUCGUACAGCUUUCGCAAACGUCGAAGCCAAACUUGGUGAACCUUCAGAAAUUGACCAGAGAGAUAAAUACGUGGGCAUCUGUGGCCUCUUUGUACUGCAUUUUCAGAUUUUUCGGACUGUAGACAAGAAAUUUUAUAAGUCACUGUUGGAUGUCUGUAAAAAGGUUCCAGCCAUUACAUUAACAGCUAACAUUAUCUGGUUUGCUGACAACUUUCUGAUUCAGAAGAUUCCAGCUGCUGCCAAACUUCUGGACAAGAAAAGUAUUCAUACAGUUAAAACACAAAGGGAGAACUUUCUACAGCAGAGGGCACAGAACCUUACCAAAGAUAUGCAGUCAUAUUAUGUUUUUGUGAGCUCAUGGAUGACAAAAAUGGAAUCUAUCUUGUCCAAGGAGCAACGCACAGCAAAGUUCUCUGAAGAUCUUUCUAACCGCUGCAAUGUCUUCAUCCAGGGUUUUCUUUAUGCAUACAGUCUUAGCACCACCAUUAAAACUACAAUGAAUCUUUACAUGACAAUGCAAAAACCUAUGACCAAAACCUCGGUAAAAGCCUUGUGCAGACUUGUGGAACUUCUGAAGGCAAUAGAACAUAUGUUUUACCGAAGAAGCAUGGUUGUAGCAGACUCUGUGACACACAUCACUCAGCACCUGCAGUAUCAGGCUCUUCACUCUAUCUCUGUGGCCAAGAAAAGGGUAAUUUCUGAUAAAAAGUACAGUGAGCAGCGCCUGGAUGUCCUCUCUGCUUUGGUGUUGGCUGAGAACACCCUCAAUGGGCCGAGUACAAAACAGAGGAGACUGAUUGUUUCCCUUGCACUGAGUGUGGGAACACAGAUGAAAACAUUUAAAGAUGAAGAACUUAUUCCACUUCAGUUAGUUCUGAAAAAACUGGACUUGAUCAGUGAACUUACAGAGAGAGUUCGAGCACAAUGCGACUGUUGUUUCUUAUACUGGCAUCGAGCCGUCUUUCCAAUCUAUUUAGAUGAUGUCUAUGAAAAUGCAGUGGAUUCUGCUAGGCUGCAUUAUAUGUUUAGUGCACUACGGGACUGUGUACCUGCUAUGAUGCAUGCAAGACACUUGGAAUCUUAUGAGGUGCUUCUGGAAUGCUAUGACAAAGAAAUCAUGGAAGUGCUCAAUGAGCACUUGCUGGACAAAUUGUGUAAAGAGAUUGAAAAGGAUCUGCGCUUAUCAGUUCACACACACCUGAAGCUGGAUGACAGAAACCCCUUCAGAGUUGGCAUGAAGGACCUGGCUCACUUCUUCUUUCUGAACCCAAUACGUUUUUUCAAUCGGUUCAUUGACAUAAAAGCUUAUGUAACUCAUUAUUUGGACAAGACCUUCUACAACUUAACGACCGUGGCUCUUCACGACUGGGCCACCUACAGUGAGAUGAGAAACCUGGCAACACAGCGCUAUGGUUUAAGUAUGACUGAGGCUCACCUUCCCAGCCAGACUCUGGAGCAGGGUCUAGAUGUUUUGGAAAUCAUGAGAAAUAUUCAUGUUUUUGUGUCCCGCUACCUCUACAAUCUGAAUAAUCAGAUCUUCAUUGAAAGAACAAGUAAUAACAAACACUUGAACACCAUCAAUAUCCGACACAUCGCUAAUUCAAUUCGUACUCAUGGAACAGGAAUCAUGAACACAACAGUAAAUUUCACUUACCAAUUCUUGAGGAAAAAGUUUUACAUUUUUAGCCAGUUCAUGUAUGAUGAGCAUAUCAAAUCCAGACUUAUCAAAGACAUCAGAUUCUUCAGGGAAGUCAAGGAUCAAAAUGAUCACAAGUAUCCCUUUGAAAGAGCAGAUAAAUUCAACCGUGGCAUCAGAAAACUUGGAAUAACCCCUGAUGGCCAGAGCUAUCUUGACCAGUUCAGACAACUCAUAAGUCAAAUUGGCAACGCUAUGGGUUAUGUAAGAAUGAUAAGAUCUGGUGGACUUCACUGCUGCAGUAGUGCCAUUAGGUUCGUUCCUGAUUUGGAAGAUAUUGUUAACUUUGAAGAGCUGGUGAAAGAAGAAGGACUCUCAGAAGAAACACAAAAAGCAGCAAGGCAGCUGGACUCUGUGCUCAGUGACCUGACCCGGAACUUUGCAGAAGGAACAGAGUACUUCAAGAUGCUGGUGGAUGUGUUUGCUCCCGAAUUCCGCAGCCCAAAGAACAUGCAUCUGCGGAACUUCUACAUCAUUGUUCCCCCCCUGACCCUCAAUUUUGUAGAGCAUUCAAUCAGUUGCAAGGAGAAAUUGAAUAAGAAGAACAAAAGUGGAGCAGCUUUCACUGAUGAUGGGUUUGCCAUGGGUGUGGCUUACAUUCUGAAGCUUUUGGAUCAGUACCAGGAGUUUGAUUCUCUGCACUGGUUCCAGUCUGUUAGAGAGAAGUAUGUGAAGGAAAUAAGAGCAGUAGCUAAGCAACAGAAUGUGCAGUCCACUAAUCAAGAUGAAAAACUACUACAGACUAUGAACCUUACCCACAAGCGACUGGAAGUUUGUUUACAGGAAUUUGAACUCCUUUAUUUCUCACUAAGUAGUGCAAGAAUUUUUUUCAGAGCAGAUAAAACUGCAGCAGAAGAAAUCCAGGAAAAGAAAGAAAAAGAAGAAGAAUCUGGUAAAACAAGCAAUGGAGAUCUUUCCAACUCUACGCCUGCAGAGCCUGUUGUGAAAUGACAUGGCUGGUAUGGAUGAUGAUUACUUACUCAAAUAACUCAUGUCCUUGUCUUCAUCAGUAACACUCUGUAGGGGUUAAAGCUCCAGAUUUGAUUUACUUGCUCUGUUAAAUCCAAGAGAAAAUGUACAGUAGUGUACUAGUAUCCAUUGAGGCUAGAUCUGUGUUUGUCUAUAUUUCCUGUAAAAACUCCUAUUUUUCAGGAGUUUGCAUUAUUUACAGCACUUUCUUUAGAUGGAAAAUAAUUUAAUAAAAUGUUGACCUUGGAGGUAGUUAUUUUAAAGAACAGAUGUGCAGAUAAAAAAAUCCUUAUUAAUUUCUAGAUGCAUUCUUGCAUCUCUAUCAUAGCAUUUAAAAAAACCCAAACUCAUAGGCUGUUGGUCCAAGAUUUGAACUGGCAUCUCUUCAACCAGAAAAAAAACUGAAUCCAGAUAUUGGGUGUAUCUAUUGUCCAAAAAGUAAUUGAGAUGUGUCAUUGUGCAGUCCUGUUGCAUUUAAUGCAGUCACAGAUUACACUGUGGGUGUAACAAUGUAUGUUAAAUCUAUGACACAAAAUGAAAGUGCUUAUUACUAUUUUAUUCCAAACCCCCCUUGUUACUACUAUAGACAGUAUUUGUACUGUGGGAACUUAGGAUCCUAUCAGACAUUUAUUUUCCCCUCUUUGUGCCCCCUUAUCAAAGAAUAGGAAUUACUAUAACAAAUUACUUCUCAUUUCAUACUGAAGGUCUGAUUUGCAUCCACAGAAGUAAGGAAAUCCAGAGCCAAGACAGAACCACAAUCAGCUCUUCCUUUUAUGACCAGACACUGUGAUGGGUGUCUGUAACUAUUAAGUGAUCUUACAGUUCAUGGAUAUGUUGUGCCUAAUUGCAAGUUUCAGCCUCAAUUCUGUAUUUCCUAGCCUUUGUAGGUCUGUUGUAUCAUGUGUUGUUCAUACAGUCUUACAUGCCUGAUUAUUAACAAUAAUUGCACUGCAGGCUCAGAAGCUGCUGAACACUGUGAGAACUCAUUAUAUAUCUGUCCAUGCCUGCAAGUAGAGGUUCUAGGUUGUGCAAGAAUUACUUGGAUUCCUAACUUAAGUAGCUAGACUUAGCUUAAAAGAAAACACUACUUUUAUUAAAAUAUACAGGUGUGUUUUAAUCUCCCAGAACAUAACACCCUUCUAGUUCUUACCAGAAUAAACCAGAAUAAACUACUCCAUUCAGUCCAGCUGAGAAAACUACCCUUGGGGGGUUUUUUGGCACUCUUAAACAGUACUUUUAAACCAAACUUGCUUUAAUACUUGUUUUAAUGGUUCAAAUUGUUCCACCCACUCUUGGGUCACUGGUUAAAACAAUUCCUGACAUACUUCUGAUUCACCCUUUCCUGCCAGUCACUUCAGCAUUCAGACAGCAAGGAUGAAUGUUUUGUCGCAACUGGAAA